AAAAAUCCUGAUGUGAGAGUGUGUGAGUGAGGAUGCUGAGGGGCGUAGCAGUGUUGUGCCCCUCAUGGUCGGCGCUCAGGAAUUGAAAUGCACGCCUCUCAUUGCCUGGGAACGAGUAACGUUAAACGCGAGAAACUGUUCCCAGCCAUCCUCCUCCUUCGCCGAAAAUAUACAAAAAAAAAAACAAACAAACCAAAACGCAUUGAUGUGCUUAUUCCAGGAGGAGAGUAAACCUCCUCCCGGCGUUUUCUUAUUCAAAAGGACAGCGGUGUGUGGUUGCCAGUUUGGAGCUUGUUUUCCCCUUAAAUUGGACCCUUCACGCUGUGACUGGGCUGGCGCACUCGCUUUUCGUUCUUCGUGGAGCUGCUGCCACAGCGCACGGAAAUAACGGGAAUCCACUCGCAGCCCGGGCUUCACUUUAAAUUUCUAAUACCGCAGGGGAUGUGAAGUGGCAGCACAUCAACACUCCACACAGCCUGUGCAGGUGGAUCAUUAAAGAAUGGAUGACACAUCAGUCACAGAGUCAGCAUCUGAGCAGUCAGUAAAACUGGCUGAGUCUGAUUAACCAGGAGCCAUCAAGCUGACGGAAUCACACAGUGGAUAUACCUUCCUUUGGUUUAGAUGAAUCUGCAAAGAAACCACAUCGAUGGAUUUUAUUAAGGACAUUCAUGAACCCAAUCCUGUGUUGUCUGAAAAAUAAGAACAACAGGGUAUGCUCAUUGGACAGCAGUGAUAGAUUGAGCCACUUGCACCAUGUGAUCAACAAGGUCUCUUUUUUUUUUCCUCACAUCUUCGGUACUCUAGAUUUAUCAUGAUGCUAUUUUUGUCCGUUGCAUUCCAAAAGUUCCCAGCCAACUGAUUUUGACUGUGACAUCAUGUCUCUACCCAAGCGAAGGAAAAUCAGGACUUUUGCUCUGCUGUUUUGUGUCAUUACGUUUACAACAUUCCUGUUCAGUUACACUUUCCGGGACCCCUCGUUCUACUUCUUCAAGUACGCUUUUCGCCUGUCUGACAACUUUUUCUCCAAAGGGCUAUGCGCCUGCCGACAGUGCAUGGUGGAGCUGGAGGACGACCCCUGGUUUGCUGAGCACUUCAAUCAGUCCAUCCACCCUCUAAUGACCAGGGAGAACAGCGUCCUCUCUGAUGAAACCUUUAAAUGGUGGCAGUGGUUGCAGUCAGAGAGGCAGCCGGCCAACUUCAGUGAAGUGGUGGAGGAGCUGUUUCGACUCAUCCCUGAUGAGGUGCUCUACAUGGACGCCAGCACCGAGCGCUGCAGGACCUGCGCCGUGGUGGGGAACUCUGGGAACCUGAAGGGGUCCCAGUACGGCGGCCUCAUCGACUCCAGUGAUUUCAUCAUAAGAAUGAACCAGGCUCCCACCACUGGUUUUGAAGAGGAUGUUGGUGCCAGAACAACACAUCAUGUCAUGUAUCCAGAAAGUGCCAUAGACCUGGACAACAUCACCAAUCUGGUGCUGAUCCCUUUCAAGACUCUGGAUCUGCAGUGGAUCAUUAGUGCUCUGACCACGGGUACCAUUAAGCACACAUAUGCACCUGUUAUAUCCAGGAUAAAAGCAAACAAAGAUAAGGUGUUGAUUUACAGUCCAACAUUUUUCAAAUACGUCUAUGAGUCUUGGCUUGAGGGUCAUGGACGAUAUCCUUCCACUGGCUUCCUCAGCUUACUGCUCGCUAUCCACAUAUGUGAUGAGGUCAAUGUGUUUGGAUUCGGUGCAGACCAGUACGGAAACUGGCACCACUACUGGGAGGAGAACAAUUUGGCCGGAGAUUUCCGACACACAGGAGUCCAUGAUGGAGAUUACGAAUAUAAUGUCACACUGCUGCUGGCAGACAAGCACAAAAUCCGAAUGUUUAAAGGCAGAUGAUACCAAGCCCAUAUGUGCAGUGGGAUGACCACCAAAUGAACCUCAGCAGCCUUUUAAUGUUUAUUUUUCCUUCGCCUCACACAGGAAGAACGCUUUCAUCAUGAUUUCCAAAGACAUUCUCACGUGAACUCUUCUGGUCUGUCCAGUUUCCUGUUCUUCACUUAAGCUACUGUUUAAGAAAUGUCCCUCGUAGUGACAAACCAGCUGAGCUUUUGUCUCUGUGUCCACACACAGACCAGGACGGAACAAUCAACAAGACAAAAGCAACACUGCGGUUUGUUCUGUAAUCUGUAAUCUGUAAUCCCAAUUUGAAAAAUUAGUGGGAGUGAACAGACAAGAAGACAAGAGAAGAUGUCAACGAGCAUGCUAUACAUAAAAAGCUUUAGUACUAUA